AUGGCAACAGAAAAGUAUAUCCAAGAUGUGGAAUAUGCCUCAGAGGUUGCCAACCCAGAAGCUACUGAUUCAGCCCUCGAAGCGCGAGAAAAGGCCCUAGUCUGGAAACAGGAUCUGCGGAUUGUUCCUCUGUGUGCUGGUAUAUACUUACUUUGUUAUCUUGAUCGGUCAAACAUCGGGAAUGCCAAAAUUCUCAACUCGGACACCGAAAAUGAUCUCCUCACGGAGACGAAUAUGACCUCGUAUCAAUUUACGAUUGCAUUGAUGGUUUUCCUCAUUGCAUAUGCACUAUUUGAAGUACCCUCAAAUUACUUGUUGAAAAAGCUCAAGCCCAGCCGUUGGAUUGCUUUCCUCAUGCUCUCAUGGGGUGCAACGACCAUGGGUCUUGGAGGGGUGCACAAUUACGCUCAAGUCACCGGACUACGAUUCCUACUAGGAGUAAUGGAAGCCGGCCUAUUUCCCGGUUUCGUUUACUACCUCACGUUCUGGUACCGCAAUUCAGAGCGAUCCAUCCGCGUAGCUCUGAUUCUUGCCUCAGCAACCUUAGCCGGAGCUUUUGGCGGAGCUAUCGCCUUCGGCGUCGGUCACAUGAACGGUGCCCAUGGCCUUUCUGCGUGGAGGUGGCUAUUCAUCAUCGAGGGAGCACCUUCCUGUGCUUCUGCUUUUCUGGUCUGGUUCUUUCUACCAGACUACCCUGAGACUGCAAAGUGGCUUUCUAAUGAGGAGAAAGAGCUCGCAGAGCACCGUCUGGUCAAGGAGGGAUCCAAAGGUUCUGCUAGUGCCAUGUCAUGGGAGGAUGCAAAGGGCACACUGACAGAUUGGAGAUUAUAUGCUCACUAUGCGGUAUACUUUGGUAUAUCGACACCAUUUUCGAGCCUUUCUCUUUUCACGCCGGCUAUUACUUCUGGCUUGGGGUACUCAAAUCUCCGUGCUCAGUUGAUGACUGUGCCCCCGUAUGCGGUAGCGUACGUUGUGACUGUUAUUGUGGCUUGGUCUGCGGACCAUUUCAACAGUCGCGGUCUUCAUUCCGCUGUUUUCUCUUUCAUUGGCGCAAUGGGCUUUCUCGCAUCUGCUGUUUUGCCUGCCAGUUCCUACCAGAGUCGCUACGGAUGUCUCAUCGUCGCGGCCAGUGGUUCCUUUGCAUGUAUUCCGCCUUUACUAGGAUGGCUCUCCUCCAACCUCCGCUCAACUGCGGGUGCAGGGCUCGCAAUCGCAUUGAAUGUUUCAUUCGGCGCUCCGGGCCAAAUUGUCGGAGUCUGGAUCUACAAAAGUGACGAAGCAAAGAAAGGCCGGUUGUAUUUUAUUGAGGCUUUACUAUGGCUGGAGAAAUCGCCGCGGAGAUGGGGCGAGAGACGGAACGAGAUUUGCAUACUAAGAAAUAAGUUGGAGACAUACGGAGAGAAAGUUGAUGUGUAG